AUGAGGCGCUCCCCAACACAGAGAAGCAUUUCGGGAGCGCAGAUACCAUCGACUCAUGAAUCAAAGAGGCCAGAAGAGGCCGCGAAUUUCCCGUAUGCAAUCCUAGAUACCGGAAAGCCCCAAUUCAGGCUACUUGAAGUACAGCCAGGCAAACCACAGACCGAAAUUGUAGGACGCCUGUUCCACGCAUGCCUCGACGAAAACCCCGGCUUUGAGGCUCUGAGCUACACGUGGGGAAGUCCUUCGCCAACCUACGAUAUUUCAAUCAACGGCUGUGCAUUUCCGGUGGCUGGGAACCUCAGAAAGGCACUAGGCGACCUGCGCUAUCCAGACAAGCCGCGAAUUCUUUGGGCAGAUGCCAUCUGCAUCAACCAGCGUGAUAGUGACGAGAAGGCGCAUCAGGUAAAACUAAUGCGAGUAAUAUUCGCAAAGGCGACUGCUGUCUGUGCCUGGCUCGACCACAGCGUGCAGGCUGGCGACUCUUCGUUUGAUAGCCUUUGUUACCUGGGUGAAGGCACCGAGCUCGAUAGCUUCGCCGAUCCAAGUUACUGGUACCCGGUUGCAGGUAUAUUCCGAAAUCCCUACUGGCGAAGGCUCUGGAUACAGCAAGAGCUCAUUUUGGCAAAGGAAGUCAUGGUUUACUGCCAUCGGGAUGCAUUCAGCGGGCGCCAGCUGUUGGGGUUUCAACAAAGAGUUAAUCAAGCAUAUUUCCAACCUCGAGCACAUGAAAGUCCAUUGCUGAAGCUUUGCACAUACAUGAAUUACCAAGAGGACGUGGGAGGCGUGUCUAUUCGUGAGCGAGAGAACAUGCCUCUAGGGUGCAAAACUUUUGUCGAAAAGCAACAGGUUCACGAAGUGAAGCAUGACACCAUCUCCAAGCCACCAUUUUCAUCAUUGCUACAGUUAUUUCUUCAGUCAGGCACCCUGAAUAUGGCGGAGCCUCGAGACCAGCUCUAUGGUAUACUAGGGCUGAUUCCACGGGCUGACGAGAGUCAGGUACGAGUCGACUACAACGCUCCGGUGGUCAAAGUCCACUCGCAGGUUUUUAGCAUUUACCUGUCGAAUCACAGCAGUCUCGACUUUUUGUGUUUCAGCAGAAAGACAGCCGAUGGUGCUUGUCGAGGCGAUAUAAUCCCGACUUGGAUGCCCAAUACCCCUACCAUUCAUUGGAGCCAAGUGUAUGCCAGCCAGGCUGCGGGCAGCACCACAGCAAGCGCGGCCUCUAUUGAUUCAGAGAGUCUAGUUCUGUCUGUCCGAGGUCUCUUGUUGGAUAAAAUCGCCUUUGUCGCACCCAGGCAAGACUUUGACAAGCUCCCAAUACUGGAGUGCUUCUCAAUCCUAGAAAGCUACUGUACACGACUCUGGCCGAGCGAUACUCAGCGGCCGCUGUGUGAAAAGAAACAUGUAACGUUGCUUUUGUUUCCGUGGCUAUCCAAGGAACGGUACCGUGAGAUGUGGAAAGUCGACAGACCAACGUCGGAAGAGAGAAGGAGCCUGCUUCGCAAUAUACGUGGCAUUGCGGCAGAGAAUGACGGAAAAGACGAGUUGACCAUGGGACAUCUCGCACUCGGGACUACCAGUGUCUCCUGCGAUAGAUAUGAGGCAUUCGGUCCGGUAUAUACCAGUCUCUCUUGUCGAGUUUUGGCGGGCACGGAAAAUGGGAGAUUGGGCACCUUGCACCACAGCGCCAAGGCAGAAGAGGGGGAUCAAGUCUGGAUACUCCAUGGAUGCCGCAUGCCGAUGAUUCUUCGGCCGGUACCUGACAGUAGGCGUCGGUUUACUCUCAUUGGAUGGAUGUUGCUUCCAGGGGCAAUGCAUGGCGAAGCAUUCUCGAAAGAUGGGGGGCAGGAUGCUUUGCACAGGAGCACAACAAUUCAAAUCGUAUAA